UCGAUUAGAACGGAAAACCUUUGGAAUAUCUUAGGCUUUUGUGUCGAUUAUCCAGUUUAUUUACAAUGCACUUAAAUUCGUUAGUUAAAUGGUGAGUGAUUCUGCAGAUCGACAUUCAACAUGACGUAGUUUGUGACCAGUAACCUGCGAGAUAAUUUCAAACUGGUGAACAAUCAACGUUUGAAGUAGCUGGCCACAUCACCACUAGACGCCAGUGCAAACGCACACAUCUCUAACUGCCAUCUGACACUCUGCCUUCAACAUGGCGGACUCGCUGCCGCUGCAGCCGCAGCGGCCCGACUCGCCCUCGGACGAGUCGGAGCACAGUCUGGGCUCUGCGCCGACCGUGGCCGGCUCCGGGCCAGGCGGCGGUGCCAGCUCCGCCUCCGAGCAAGCCUCCGCCACCAGCGGCGACAGCAUCCGCAACCUGAAGGAGGCGCUGCAGCGCAAAAAGGAAGCGCUGACGGAGCGCAAACGGCAGCUGGAGGGAACCGGGCCUCUCCGGAUCAGUCGGAGUGACGAGAGUACUGAUGAUCCGGUGAAGCUGCGACAAAAGCUGGACCAGCUGCGCAGUCGCCUUAACAUCCUGAACCCCAUCAUCGUGCGACUGGACGAAGACUACACCGCCACCGCCGAGGUCCUCUCGGACGGAAAGACCACAACAUCCGACACGGAGGUAAAGCUGAUGACAGAGAUCGGGAACAUGCGACGGGUCCAUCCAUCAGCAGGAGCAGGUCAAGGCCGGACUGGAGCAACAGAUCCAGGAGCUGGACGAGCGCUGCACUGAGCUGACCAAGGAGGGCUCGGACCCGAGUCGUGCUCAAGCGGAGGCUCUACGGAAACAGCAACACUCUCUGGAGCAGCAGCUGAUGGACACGUUGCGCGACCUAGAGGUCAACAAGCUGGAAGCCUGCAGCAAAAUGCACGAGGCGUCGGCCCUCAUCUCGCGCGCCCAGAGACAUGGCGACCCGCUGGAGCCGUGUCCCGGCUACGUUUCGGACCAGUACUCGUCCGGCUACGCGUCCGAGGCCGUCUCCAGCGGGCCGCAGAGGAUGCCUUUCGCCUGCAGCAGCCACGGCCCCAUGCAGCCAUGGCCCGCGAGUGGUGGCGGCGGCGG